CAGGCGGCCCGGGCGCCGUUCGUCCUGCCAGCCGGCCGCUGCCUGCCUGCUGCGCAGCCCGGGCUGUCCGGCGGCCUGGUGGCACUAGCGAGGCGGGGAGGAUGAGCGCGGCGGGACCGGGCGGCGGCAGCAGAAGCAGCAGCAGCGCAAGCAGCAGCAGCAGCCGCCGCGGCGGGGCCGGUCGCUGAGCCGAGGAGCACCGCGGCGGAGGCAGGGCAUGGCGCUGCCGGGGGAGCGCGGCGCGGAGCCCCAGCCCGGCGCCUCCCGCCCCGCCGAUGAAGAGGAGGACGGCGGCGGGGCCGGCGGGCAGCCGGAGGCGCUGUCGCUGGAGGAGAUCCUCAGGCUCUACAACCAGCCCAUCAACGAGGAGCAGGCGUGGGCCGUGUGCUACCAGUGCUGCGGUUCGCUGCGGGCCCGCGCCCGCCGCGGAGAGACCCCCGCCGCCAGGCUGGGGGCGGCCGCCCACCUCCGCGUCUGGCGGGACGGCACCGUCACCCUGGAGCCGGGCGAGCCCCAGCGGCCGCCCCCGCCCGCCGCAGAUAAAUCGGGUCAUUUACGCUGCACAGAAAUGGAGGUUAUUGAAUCAAUAGGGAUUAUUAUAUAUAAAGCCCUGGACUAUGGUUUGAAGGACAAUGAAGAGCGGGAAUUAAGUCCUCCACUGGAGCAGCUUAUUGACCACAUGACUAAUACAACAGAAACAGAUGGGAGUAGGGAUGAAGGAUAUGAUGCUCUGGAUGAAGGAGUGGAGGAUGACGAUGAUGACAAAGAGGAAGUUGAGGCCAUUCAUUCCUAUAAAGAUGUCAUGAAGCUGUGUGCUGCCCACCUGCCAACCCGAUCAGAGGCACCGAAUCACUAUCAAGCAGUAUGUCGGGCUCUUUUUGCUGAAACAAUGGAACUGUACACUUUCUUGGCCAAAAUUAAAAGUGCAAAAGAGAAUUUGAAGAAGAUUCAAGAAAUGGACAAGGAGGCAAGUGAUGAAUCCAGCACAGAUCUUGAUGACUUAAAAAAUGCUGACUGGGCUCGUUUUUGGGUACAAGUGAUGCGAGAUUUACGGAAUGGUGUUAAACUUAAGAAAGUUCAAGAGCGUCAGUAUAACCCACUCCCAAUAGAAUAUCAGCUCACACCCUAUGAAAUGCUGAUGGAUGAUAUUAGGUCCAAACGCUACACCUUAAGGAAAGUCAUGGUCAACGGUGAUAUUCCACCUCGAUUAAAAAAGAGUGCCCAUGAAAUAAUCCUGGAUUUCAUCCGAUCACGACCUCCAUUAAAUCCUGCCUCAGCAAGAAAACUUAAACCAACCCCACCACGGCCACGCAGCCUUCAUGAAAGGAUCCUGGAGGAAAUCAAGGCAGAGAGGAAGCUACGUCCAGUCUCACCUGAUGAGAUAAGGCGUAGCAGGCUGGCAAUGCGGCCACUUAGCAUGUCACACAGUUUUGACUUGUCAGAUGUAUCUACACCAGAGGCUGGAAGAAAAUUAGUGGAUGCCUCUGUAGUGAACGGUGGCCUGGCACCACAAGGAAAGCAGAAUGGGGCCACACAAGUGACAGUACAACGCAAGAGACUCCUUAAGGCUCCCACGCUGGCUGAACUCGACAGCUCAGAUUCAGAGGAGGAAUCAGUACACAAAUCAGCAAGUAGCAGCAGCAUCUCCCCCUCACAAGUGGAAGACCCCUUUCAAGAAGGCACCAGCAGCAGAAAGAUGCCUCCAAAGUUCUUGCCCAUAUCAUCUACACCACAGCCCGAGAGACGGCAGCCACCUCAGAGACGACACUCCAUUGAAAAGGAAACACCAACCAAUGUGAGACAAUUCCUACCACCUUCAAAACACAGCUCCAGAUCACUUGUUCCUAGGAUAACCAGUUUAUUUCCAAGGAUGACUUUCAGACCACUUUUUUCAACUAUGCAAACAGCUUCUCUGCUCAGCUCUCAUCCCAUUGAAGCAGCCAUGUGUGGGGUGGCAGGGGCUGUGUACUAUCUCUGUGAGAGAGCUUUUGCGAGCAGGUGGAAACCCACAAAGGAGGAGUUCUGUUACCCGGUGGAAUGUCUGGCUCUGACGGUGGAAGAGGUCAUGCACAUCCGUCAGGUGCUGGUGAAGGCAGAGCUGGAAAAGUACCAGCAAUAUAAAGACGUCUACACUGCUCUCAAGAAAGGAAAGCUCUGCUUUUGCUGUCGAACAAGAAGGUUCUCUUUCUUUACCUGGUCUUACACUUGUCAGUUCUGUAAGAGGCCUGUAUGCUCACAGUGUUGCAAAAAAAUGCGGUUGCCAUCAAAGCCAUAUUCUACUCUCCCCAUCUUCUCACUGGGACCUUCAACCUUGCAAAGAGGAGAGAGCUUUAUGAGGCCAGAGAAACCCUCUACCAGUCACCACCAUUCAUUGCGAAGCAUGUCCAGGUUGACCUCAAGGUCCAAAUCUGUGGAUAAGUCACAUGAAGAGUUUCCCAAAGAAUUAAUGGAGGACUGGAGCACGAUGGAGGUGUGUGUGGACUGCAAGAAGUUUAUUUCAGAAAUCAUCAAUUCAAGCCGGCGCAGUCUGUCUCUGGCCAACAAGCGAGCCAGGUUAAAAAGGAAAACGCAGUCCUUCUACAUGUCGUCACCGGGAACCUCUGAAUACUGCCCCUCUGAAAGGACUAUCAACGAGAUCUGAGCCUUGUGC